GGAGCGCCCCUCAGUGCUCUUCCGCAACUCAAAACGUCAGCGGCUAGAACCACACACUCGCCCUGGCAUCGAACUUCACAGAUUAGGAGGACAAGUAUUAGAUCUACCUCUGCUUCACUAUUCAAUCGAAUAACAAGACGGACAAUACGAUUCACUGAGCAACCGCGAAAUACCCAUUUGUGUCGAGUGAGUUUCGUCCAUUGACUCUAUGGUUUCGACACAAAGUUGCAAAACAAUGUAAAGAAACAAUACACGUCAUCUCUCAAAUGUAGCCAGACAGGAAGAACUGACACGCAAAGUUCUCGGGAGCGCGCACGCAUUUUAAUGAAGCAGGAAACAUGGCGGCCCACAUGACAUUAGCCCAGAUUUCUAAUGGGAAUCCUGCUUAUGAUAACUACUACAGACAAGUGGAUCCUGCAAACACUGGGAAGGUGGGAGCUGCGGAGGCCGCCCAGUUCCUAAAAAAGUCAGGGCUAUCUGACAGCACCUUGGGAAAGAUUUGGGAGUUAUCAGACACAGAGCACAAGGGCUACUUGGACAAGCGGGGUUUUUUCGUGGCCCUGAGGUUGGUGGCCUCUGCCCAGAGUGGCAAUGAUGUCAGCCAUAAAAGUCUAAGCCAGACUGUGCCUGCACCAAAGUUUAGAGACACAGGCAGUCCAGCCUUAGGUACAACUAGCUCAUUGGCCACCGAUUCCAGCUGGGCUGUUCGGUCGGAUGAACGUGCCAAGUUUGAUGGGAUCUUCGAGAGCCUGGGCCCUGUCAAGGGCCUCCUCUCUGGAGACAAGGUGAAGCCGGUCCUCAUCAACUCCAAACUCCCCCUGGAUGUGCUUGGCAGAAUCUGGGACCUCAGUGAUGUUGACAAAGAUGGACAUUUGGAUAAAGAGGAGUUCACAGUGGCUAUGCACCUGGUGUACCGGGCUCGUGAGAAGGACCCCGUGCCCUCCACCCUGCCGCCCUCCCUCGUCCCGCCCUCCAAGCGCAAGAAGAGUGCAGGGUCACUGCCUGGCUCGGUGGCCGUGCUGCCCACCAGCCCUUUCAUGCUGAAGGAGGGCCUGGGCCUCCGCUCAUCCAGCACCGCCCAGGGCAGGCAGAGUCCUCUCGGGGGAGCAGGGGGUGUUGGAGGAGGAGGAGGAGGAGGAGCAGGAGGAGGGCCAGGCAGCACAGGGAGCCUCUCUCCAAAACAUUCCUUCAACAGCGGCCAGCCUGCGCAGCCUGCUGUGAGCUGGGUGGUUCCACUGGCCGACAGAGGGCGCUAUGACGACAUCUUUGCGAAGGCCGACAGCGAUAUGGACGGGCUGCUGGGGGGCGCUGAGGUCAAAGACAUCUUCAUGAACUCAGGCUUGCCCCAGGCCACACUUGCACGCAUCUGGUCUCUGGCCGACACCAAGCAGAGGGGGAAGCUGUCUCGCGAGCAGUUCUCUCUGGCCAUGUACCUGAUCCAGCAGAAGGUCUCCAAGGGCCUGGAGCCUCCCCAGACCCUUACCCCAGACAUGAUGCCUCCAUCAGAUAGGGGAACCGGUUUCUAUGGCUUUACGGCCCCUCUUCUUGUGCCCCAAAGAGCUGUCUUUAACAGUUGUCGUGACUCUGGCAGCAGCAGCAGCAUCAGUACAGUGGUGGCCUUGGAGCUCACUGGCACCAAAGAGCUUGACGAUGUCAUACAGGAGAUAAACCAGCUGCAGAAGGAGAAGGUUUCACUGGAGCAGGAGGUCAGAGAGAAGGAGGAGACCCUGAGGCGCAAGAAUAACGAGCUGCAGGACAUGCAAGGGGAGCUGGAUCGGGAGACCAGCGGGGUGCAGGACCUGGAGGGCCAGCGGCAGGUGGCCAACGACCGGCUGCAGGAGAUGGACCAGCAGAGGACCAAGCUGGAGGACAAGCUCAAGGACGUCAAGGGACGCUACCAGGACGAGAGCCAGAAGAUGUCGUCCAUACAGCUGGAGAUCAGCUCCCAGGAGCAGGAGGUGCAGAGCCGUGAGAAGGAGCUGAGCCGCACGCGUACCGACCUGUACUGCCUGGAGGAGGAGGAGGCGCAGCUGGAGGAGGGCAUCCGCGCCGGCCAGGCCAAACUACAGAGCAUCCUCAACCUCCUCAAGACCUCGCAGGACGAGAUGGAGGAGGCGAAGGACGAGAUGACGAGGAUCCGGGACAGCCAGGCGGAGCUGACCAAGAUCAUCGAGGAGUACAGCAAGGCCAUGAACGGCUCCCUGGCCGACCUUGAACGCUUCCCCGAGCUUGACGACCCCCUGCCCAGCCACAGGAUCACUGAACGCCCCGUCGAUGGCAUGGAGACCAGCUCGAGCUCCUUCCGGUCUAGGAUAGCCAUGUUCAAUAGCAGCACAGCCAAAGAGGUUCCUGCAGAUCCCUUCAAGUCAGAGGACCCCUUUAAAUCAGACCCCUUUCAAGACCCAUUUGGUGGCGAUCCGUUCAAAGAAAACGACCCUUUCAAAUCUGCUGAUCCUUUUGGCUCUGCUGACCCCUUUGGGAAAAGUUCAGCAAAGCCCAGCCUGUCCCGAGGCAGCAGCCCCUUCACACAGCCCAGCUCCAAAGCGAAAGACUCAGAUCCGUUUGGAACAGAGGACCCCUUUGCUGACGGUGCCUUUGGGGGGAAGACCGGCUUUGCCGACUUUGGGCAAAUGUCAAAGGGUUUCUCUGGAUCUGCAUUCGAUAGGCGGCCCUCCCAUCCUCCCAAGAAGAAUGUUCCACCUAAACCAGCUCCUCCUCCCUACAGCUCCAGUCAGGGCACGCCGGGACAUGCCUUGGGGCCCACCGGUCACGCCGUGAGUAGAGGCCACAGUAGAGGCAUGCCCGCCUCGCUGGCCGGUAUUGCUGCCGCUCAGGAAGUGGCAAGUUUGGAAGUGAGGCGGAGCAGUUGGAGUGGGCGAAGAGGGAGAGCGAGCGGGCGGAGCAGGAGCGGCUACGGCGGCUACGGCAACAGGAGCAGGAGGACCUGGAGCUCGCCAUCGCCCUCAGCAAGACCCUCACCUGAGAACACCUGUACCUGUCUGCAAGCACACCUGUACCUUUCCAUCGCCCUCAGCAAGACCCUCACCUGAGAACACCUGUACCUGUCUGCAAACACACCUGUACCUUUCCAUCGCCCUCAGCAAGACCCUCACCUGAGAACACCUGUACCUGUCUGCAAACACACCUGUACCUUUCCAUCGCCCUCAGCAAGACCCUCACCUGAGAACACCUGUACCUGUCUGCAAACACACCUGUACCUUUCCAUCGCCCUCAGCAAGACCCUCACCUGAGAACACCUGUACCUGUCUGCAAACACACCUGUACCUUUCCAUCUGACUCUCGCCUGAAUACACCUGUACCUGGCCGCCACUCGAUCUCAACAAGACUCUCGCCUGAAUACGCCUGUAGCUUUCCAUUACCUCUCACCUGAGACUGAUUUACGCAUAUGUGUUUUUCACCCUCCGCAAGACAUUAAACUGAGCACACUUGUCCCUUGACAAGAAAUACACCUGACAUUUUUAUCUGUACCUGUGUCUAUCCAUUGUCCUUAGCAAAACCCUCACCCCACCUGCCCAUGGCUCGAGUCACGCACCUUAGCCUUCUGUACCUGGCCAUCUCAGUAGAACGCUUAGGCUACCUGAGACUGCUUUAGCUGUACCUGUGCGACGCCCUCAGCAAAGCACACACCUGGGUCUCGUCUCUUGCCCAUCUCCCUUAGCAACACACUUGUCUGAAACUCCAAUCUUUCCGUCACCCUCCGUAGGGCUCUCACCUGAGUCACUCUCACUUAAUCUGUCCGUUGCAUUCAGUAAGACACUCACCUGGAAACACCUUUGCAUUUGACUCAUCAACACACUCACCUACGUGCAUGUGUGGAACACCCUUAACAAGACUUAAUAGUCCCUCUCAGAAAGACAGUCACUCCAGUCCUAGUAUCAAAGAUUUCUUAUUUGAGAACUGGCUUCUGCAAAAAAAAGAGAACCUUUCCAGAUUUCGUGACCGUUGCCUGAAGCAAAAUUUCCAUGGUUCUUGCUUAACUCCUUAACUGGUCGCUGUAAUUUGGAUGGUGAUACUCCUCUCCUCUCCUCUCCUCUCCUCUCCUCUCCUCUCCUCUCCUCUCCUCUCCUCUCCUCUCCACUCCUCUCCUCUCCUAUCCACUCCUCUCCUCUCCUCCUCCAUUCCCUUUCUAUCAUGACCUGAAGCUGCUGUGGGCCAAUUGGCUCUUCUUAACUUAAACCCCAAACAUUAUCCUCUGCCAUAUGUAUAAAUGUGUCUAUGUCUGUAUACAUAUGGCUUACAGACCAUAUGAAGAAAUUAUGAAUGCACUGUAGGAACAUAGGCAAAUGAUUGUAGUCUUGUGCUCUGCUACAGACAGUUAUUGUUUUGUCUGAAAGCAACAGACUUCCUGUGGAUAGUAAAAUAGUUGGAAGGGUUUUUUUUAGGUUCCUAAGGCACAGAGGUAUCCAGUACUGUGUUUUCCUUUUGGCUUUAAAAACAUAUCCCAAGUAGCCUCUCAGCCCAAAGCAUGCCCUUGUGGGUACUCCUUCAGUGUGGAAGGUUUAACUGCCCAGAAAGUGUCGUUUUAAGAACCUUGUCUUCGUUCAGAUUUCCAACACAGAAACAAUGCAAUUGCCUAUUUUUUUAAUAAUUAGCAUCUACUGUGCCUGUGUCUUUGCAGGCUUUAUUUUGAUUUUCUUUAAGAAGGGAAAAGGAAAAUGGAAUAUGAAAAAUGCGUUUAUUUAAAAGUAUGGUCACAAGGAACCCUCCCAACAUGUAGACGAGUACCAAAGUCGUAGAACACUAAGCCUUAAUCACCCUCUCAUUUAGGUAUGUACUGUAUCAACUGACCCUCUUGAACUUUAUUCAAAGGUCCUCCUAAAGACUUUUUCUCUAUGCAUUAUUGUUGUUCUUCCGAGAUACUUUUAGUUUGUCAGUUAUUUAAAGGUCAAUGGAAAAUGUUCACGUUAUGUGAUAAUGCGAUUGGUUGUCUCCUGAGCUCAUGUUGUGAAAUGUGGGUUGAAAACGUGUUCUACUCCUGGUGUGUAGUGGUUAGGACCCAGAGACACUCAACUGCCAGUAAUCAUAUUUUAUAAACACCUUUUUAAAAUGAAUUAAAAUGGAAAAAAUCAGGGAUAUGAGCUUCUCCUAUGACAUUUGCAUUUAAAAGUUAUUUAAUUUCCUUGGUGUACAGAUUCUGUUUGGUUUUCUUUGUCCUUGUAAUUUUUUGUGUUUAGUUUUGUUUUUGGUGGAGUUGGUUAGCACCCUUUUUCUGUUCCCACCUUCUUCUUAAUCUGGCUGUGUGGUGUUUUUUAUAUUUGUGUUAUGGCAUUAUAAUGGGUGCAUUUAAUUACAUCUAGACCUGCACUGUACUUCAAAGUAGAAAAUAAUAACGAUGACGGUAGUAAUGCAGUAGAUGCCUAUCUUUAAUGAAGGAUAAUGCUUAUGCCUCUCGUGCCUACCUUAAAUUAUGCCGGCUGACUCAGAGCGUAUUGUAGCUUGUUUGCAACUGUUACUAUUGUUACACAACUCACGAUGAAUCAGAACUUAUGUAACCACAUAUAAGCAUGCCUUGUGGGAUGCAUGCACUUCAAUACUGCCACUCACUCUCUGCUCAAAAUAAAGUAAUUUGGCCCUCUGCCUUUAUCAGUUACAGUGUAAUUGGCUCUUCUCAGUCUCUCGGCGCGUUCCCAAGGGAGGGUAGAGGUUGGCACGUUGCCUCUACUGCUCCAGGCCUGUGCAAAGGUAGUCUCACCUCAUUUGGACAACUCAGUGGCGCUUUUACCCAUUUGGGGGUUCUAGUCAAAAUAUAGACAUAGGGCCCCCUGGAAUUAUUAUUUCUGGCAUUUUGGCACGGCUGACUAUUGGAGGGGCCCCCUACAGUGGGCUUAUUUUGGUGGGGCCGUAGGCAAUUGCCUAAUCUGCCUAUUGGUAAAACCGCCUCUGGGAUAACGGCCUGUCUGUGAAAUGGUCCCAUCAUCAGUGCGCCUUGCCAUUGCCCUUUGUGAGUGUGGCGCCCUCUAUCUGUCACACUCGUUCCGCAAAGGACUGGCAAGCAGUGGAAACCUAUAUGAAAAGAGAAAAACACAUCCUAAUAAUACUCCCAUGCAUGUGUCUGGCCACUCUCUGUAUGAAGACAAGGAAAAUCAAAUGUGCCUACAAUGUACAGUACUGUUAUAACACAUGUAAUAAAAGCACAGUGAAACAUGAA